GCUUUUAUUUCGAUUUGAAUGAUUCCAUGCCAUCACUCGUCUGUGUCAAUUGCAAUCAAUUUCAACUAAUAGAGUUAUCUGUGUAUAUAUUUAGAUAUAUAGUAUUGGUCGCUUUUUUUCCAUUUUAUUCUAAAAAUUUUGCGUAAGCAAUACAUAAAAUGAAAUUUUAAAUAAGUUAUAACUCUCGGCGUCAAUGAUCGUUGGUGUAUUUUAAAAAUAAAUUUCACUGCCAAUCGAGUGCGGUCGGUGUUUUGAGUCAAAUACUUUUGACACUGAUACUGUGUUUGCGUGAUUUCAACAGAGAUAAUAAGAUUUAUUGAAUACACACGAUUUGACGCAAGAGAAUAAAAUUGAUUCGCCAAAAUGGAAGAGGAUGCCAGUGAUAUUAUUCCGGAAAUUCUGGAAAAUCGACAAUUGAUAUUCUGUUCGAAUCCAAAUGAGAAGGAAUUAGGUUCAGAUCAACGAUCAUCAUAUCAAGCAGAAUCUCAAAAAAGUGAACCAUAUAAAAGUAGUAUCAAAUUUGGUACCGCUUUACCGCAGAUACUAGCAUCAUGUGCAGCAUAUUCAAUUACAAUUCAAGCGGGCGUAAAUAUGUCUUACUCGGCCAUCCUAGUUGCACAACUGAAUCAAACAGACAGCAAUAUCCAUAUAAAUAGAUCAGAAGCGACUUGGAUCGCUAGUUUAGUGGCAAUAUGCCUUCCUUUGGGCUCUCUAAUUGUGGGCCCGUUGAUGGAUCGGUUUGGCAGACGAUAUAUUGCACUUUCAACAAGUAUUCCCAUCUUCAUCGGCUGGAUUUUGAUGUAUUUUGCCAACAAUGUAACAUUUAUUUAUGCAGCUAGAAUAAUUAGCGGUAUAAGCGCCGGUUUAACAACAGUAUCGUUGAUUUAUGUGAGUGAAAUUGCACAUCCGAAGCUACGUCCAAUGCUACUUGGUCUAAACAGUGUAUUUGUGUCGUUGGGAAUUUUGUUGAUUGGUUUAUUCGGCUUAUUUUUCAAUUGGCAAACAAUUGCUCUGAUUUUUUGCGCAAUCACCAUGUUUACGUUCAUUUUAAUGUUACGCAUUCCUGAGAGUCCAUAUUGGUUGGCUGCAUUCCAACAGGAUCGAAACGGUGACGUUGAAUCAUCACUAAAAUGGAUUUAUAAAUCGAAUAAGAGAUGUCAAUACGAAAUGGAAUUAAUACAAAAGAAUGUUACGCAAUCUCAAUCAAAUAGGUUAUCAACAGAUUCUGGCAGUAAAAUAUCGUGGCUUACACAUUUACAAAAGCCAAAAGUGUAUAAGCCAUUUUUUCUGCUGAGCGCACUGUUUUUCUUCCAACAAAUCUCCGGACCCUAUGUAAUAAUAUUCUAUGCAAUUGAUCUGUUUGUAAAAAUUGGCGGCAAAUUCGGUGACAUAAAUGAAUAUGGUGCCAUGCUUAUGUUGGGUGUGGUGCGUUUUGUAAUGGCUAUUUUGUGUGCAUUCUUCUCCAAACACAUUGGCCGACGAAAAUUUCUAUUGUUUUCGGGUUUGGGCAUGACAUUCUGUACAUUUUGUGCGGCCAUUUACAUUCACUACCAAAAUACAUCAAAUAAAAGUGAUUUUAUAUUGUUGAUCUGUGUGCUUGGCUACGUGUGUUUCAGCUCUUUAGGCGUUAUGGUUAUUCCAUGGACUUUGAUCGGCGAAUUACUUCCCAUAGAGGUAAAAGGAAAACUUGGCGGAUUGAUCAUGUCCAUCGCAUAUAUUUUAAUGUUCAGUGUAGUAAAAGUGUUUCCAUACAUCAUGGACUACUUGGGCGUGCAACAAAUAUUCUAUUUGUUCGCUUUGAAUAGUUUUAUUGGUGUUUUAUUUACUUAUGUCUUCUUGCCUGAAACGUUGGGCAAAAGCUUCAAAGAAAUUGAAAUGUUUUUCGUAAAAACCGAAGAAGAAGCGACUGAAUAAAAAAACUGAUUACAAGCUGAUA